AUGACGAAAACGGGCACGACGUUCUUGGCAACACAGUUAAGUGACGCAGGUGGAAAAUGGGUACGCAGCAAGUUUUUCCCGUGCAGUUACACCUUCGUAGAGGAAAAACGAACUCCCAAGCAAUCUGCAUUUUCGUAUCCGUUUUCCGACUUGAAUAAGUCCAAAAAUAUCAAUGAGUGGGUGCUGAGUACCCCGCAGCCGGUGGUGCGGCUAGACUGGAGGGUUGGGACCCAAAAUUGCAGUGAAGCUCAGCGGAAUUCAUCCACCUAUGCCUGCAAAGCCAAUGCUGAUUGUCUCAAUCUUGAGUACCUCUGUCGCUGCAAGAAAGGAUUCCAUGACAAUCCAUACCUAAAUGGUUGCCAGGAUAUUAAUGAAUGUGAAAAUAUUGACCUUAAUCCUUGCAAUUCAAAUGCGAUUUGCACCAACACUAAUGGGUCUGCCUACUGCUCUUGCCCAAAGGGGUAUGCUGGUGAUGGUUUGAAAAAUGAUGGCAAAGGUUGCAUACCAUCAAAUAUGAUUCAUGUCUUCAUAGGUAAUUUAAUUUUAGGAGUAGGUGUGGGCUCCGGAAUAGGAUUUCUUCUUUUCCUCUCAAUUUGUAUCCUGGUGCAUAUACUAUUACGAAAGAGAAGGAAUAAAAACCGUAAGGCGAAAUUCUUCAAACGAAACGGUGGUCUUCUCUUACAACAACAAACAAAUGAAAGAACAAUUCAAAAGGCCAAGCUAUUUUCUUCUGAAGAGUUGGAGAAAGCCACGGAUAACUUCAAUGAAAGUCGAAUUCUUGGACAAGGAGGGCAAGGCACGGUCUACAAAGGAAUGUUGUCCGAUGGCAAGAUUGUGGCAAUCAAGAAAUCGAAGCUUCUCGAUAAGGACCACUUAGAGCAAUUUAUAAAUGAGGUUGUGAUACUAUCACAUGUUAAUCAUAAGAAUGUGGUCAAAUUGUGGGGAUGUUGUCUGGAGACCGAUGUUCCUCUCCUCGUCUACGAGCUAGUGCCUAACGGGACACUCUUUGAUCUAAUUCAGGAUCCUAACACUGAGUUCCAAGUUUCGUGGAACAUGCGUCUGAAGAUCGCAACAGAUAUUGCUGGAGCGCUCGCAUAUCUUCACUCUGCGUUGUCCAUACCUAUCUACCAUAGAGACGUCAAGUCCAGUAAUAUUCUUCUAGGUGAAAAAUAUACGGUUAAAUUGUCUGAUUUCGGGAUCUCUAGGUCUGUUGGAACGGACCAGACACAUUUGACCACAUUGGUAAAGGGAACAUUUGGAUAUCUGGAUCCAGAAUAUUUCCAGUCGAGCCAAUUUACAGGAAAGAGCGAUGUUUACAGUUUCGGAGUGGUUCUUGUCGAACUUUUGACAGGACAGAGGCCGAUAGACAUAAGAGAAGAGGAGAGAAGUUUAGUGAUGCGUUUUCUUGAAUCUAUGGAAGAAAACAAUUUAUACAAAAUUUUGGAUGACGAAGUUUUGAAGCAUGGCAAUGAGGUGGAGGUUACUGCAGUUGCAUGGCUUGCGCAAAGAUGCUUGAAUUUAAAGGGGAGAAUGAGACCAACCAUGAAAGAGGUAGCAAGAGAAUUGGAGAGUUUGCAUAUGUGUGUAGAAGAUGGGGAAGCUUGUGAAGCCAAGUCCAUUAUUAUUUCGGACAAUGAGUAUGCAUGCACAACUAGUGGUAUAAGUGUAGAAUAA